GAGGCUACCGUAAGUUCGACUUGGCUGAGCACGACCUCAAGUACGGGUUGAGUACCGACUAUGAAUACGGGGCUUAAUCUCUCCCUGCUCCUGCUCAGAUUGCUCAGUCUUGCUUGCUGCUGUCAGGUGUCAGGUCAGCUGUCGUCAAGUGAAAUUUGUCUUUUAUCAACUUCUAUUUAUAAUUUACAUUUUUUAAUUAAGAAAUUAGUUUAUUGAGUGUAAAAUUAUUAUUGAAAUAUAAAACCUGCUUUAAUCAAAUGGAAGUAAAACGAGAAUUUAGUGGUGCCACCUGUAAAGUAGAAAUAUAUUCUAAUAAAGUAGAUGAUCCUAUUUUAGAUAGCUUUAAAAAUGAAAUUAAAGAGGAGCCAAAUAUAGGAAGUACACAUGAUACACUUGAUAAUUUAGACAUAAAAGAGUUUUCCCUAAACACUGAAUUAGAAGAUGACAAUCAGCUUACACCUUUUGAAGAAAUUCCAAGGAAUAAAGAAGGAUGUUCCGAAGAGAACACUUUGGAAAUUAUAAAAACAAUAGACAUGCAUUCAACUAAUAAAAAACAACCUAUGAAACUAAUUGCUAAAGAAAAAACAUUCAAAUGUGAAAUUUGUGUUAAGCAGUUUGUUAGAAAAAGAUACUUAAAUCAGCAUAUGAAAAUUCACGCUGCAGAAAAUCCUUACAAGUGUGAAAUUUGUUUUAAACAGUUUAGUGGACAGAGUAAUUUGAAAAUACAUUUGAGAUUGCACACUGGAGAUAAACCUUACAAGUGUGAAAUUUGUUUUAGGCAGUUUUCUCGGGCAGAUAGUUUGAAACAUCAUAUAAAAAUGCACACUGGAGAAAGGCCUUACAUGUGUAAAAUUUGCCUUAAGCAGUUUGUUCAUAAAAAUUCUUUUAAAAAUCAUAUGACUGUUCACAGCGGAGAAACACCUUAUAAAUGUGACAUUUGUUCAAAGCAAUUUACUCAGGCAAAUUAUUUGACAACACAUUUGAGAGUGCACACUGGAGAAACACCUUACAAGUGUGAAAUUUGUUUUAAGCAGUUUGCUCAGUCCAUUGCUUUGGUACGCCAUAUGAGAUUGCACACUGGAGAAACACCUUACAAAUGUGAAAUUUGUUUUAAGCAAUUCACUCAGGCAAAUAAUUUGAAAACGCAUUUGAGAGUACACACUGGAGAAACACCUUACAAGUGUGAAAUUUGUUUAAAGCACUUUACUCAGACAAAUAAUUUGAAACGGCAUAUGAUAGUGCACAGUGGAGAAACGCCAUACAAGUGUGAAAUUUGUUUUAAGCAGUUUACUCUGGAAAGCAAUUUGAAAAACCACAUGCGAUUGCACACUGCAAAUAAACCUUACAAGUGUGAAAUUUGUUUUAAGCCGUUUAGAGACGGUAGUGCGUUAAAAUCACAUUCUAGAGUGCACACUGGGGAAAAACCUUACAAGUGUGAAAUUUGUCUGAAGAAUUUUACUACAAAAAGUGAUCUGAAACGGCACAUGGUAUUGCACAGUGGAGAAACACCUUACAAGUGUAAAAUUUGUUUUAAGCAGUUUAGUCAGACAAAUAAUUUUAAACGGCAUAUGAGAUUGCACACUGGAGAAACACCUUACAAGUGUGAUAUAUGUUAUAAGCAGUUUACGCUGUCAAAUCAUUUGAAACACCAUAUGAUAUUGCACACUAGAGAUAAACCUCAAAAUAGCGAGUGCUUUGACGUUAGUACUUUGAAAUCAGAUGUGGGAGUGAAUCAGAGUCAUAAUGAAUGAGCUUGCAAUAUGUGAUGAGUCUUGUUUCUUCCUGUCCAGUUUGAUAUCACUAAUUUAGGGCUCUAUCUCUGUCUCUCCUGUGGUACUACAGCUUAAGCUGUACCCGUCUCCUCAAGCAUCCCCCUCCAAGUAUCUUUGUCCCUGGCUGCUCUCCUCUAGUUAUUCACCCUCAAUAUCUCUUUAGCAUCGGAUCUCACUUCGUCUAUACACCUCUUCCUUGCUCUUCUUACUGGUAAUAAAGAACAACCUACAAAUCUAAUAACUAAAGAAAAAACAUUGAAAUGUGAAAUUUGCCUUAUGGAGUUUGCUCAUAAAAAUUCUUUUAAUGGAGAAACACCUUAUAAGUGUGAAAUUUGUUCCAAGCAAUUUACUCAGGCAAAUUAUUUGACAACACAUUUGAGAGUGCACACUGGAGAAACACCUUCAUCAUCCAGCCCUUUGCGUCCCUUGCUGGACAUAGGCCUCCCUCAUUUUUGUCCAUUGUGCUCUAUUUUAAGCACUUUGCAUCCAAUUUGACGUUGCUGAUGACGUUGCAUCCAGAGACGUUGCUGAUGUCCUUCACACGAACAGUAAUGUCAUUAACUGUUUGUGGUUAAGGUUUCAUGAAACUGGUGACGUUGCUGAACGUCAUACUGUACAAUAACUAACCAGAUUGAAGACCGUUUUCUUAGGUUACAGGCAUUGCGAGAUCUCACUGUAACUGCAUCACAAUUACAAAUUAGACUGCAAGAGACCCAUCAGGUGUUUGUAAGUUGUCAAACUAUUAGAAAUAAACUGCAUGAAGUAGGUUUAGAUGCUCGUAGACCUGUGAAAGUGCCUGUGUUAUCCAGAGGAAAUCGCGCGCAUCGACUUCAGUGGGCACAAGAACACGCAAAUUGGGUUAGAUGUUAGUGGGCCUCUACUUUGUUCACAAAUGAGUCUUGAUUUGGAUUUGCACCAGAUACGAGACGGAAAAGAAUUUGGAGACGAUCUGGCAAUGCUGAACGAUUUAUCGCCGUGCAGGAGGUUCAUAGACAGCAAGGCGACAGUAUAAUGGUAUGGGGUGGCAUCACUCUUGGUGGAAGAACAGUAGAAGACUUUCUAAAUGCAACAGACUACCACGAUAUUAUUCUCGUACCCUUUGCAUAACAAGCUGGUUCACAAUUUCAAUAAAUGCGCGUCCACAUAAUGUCUUGUAAACAUUCCACGAAGAUAAUGAAAUUUAGGUUUUAUCGUGGCCUGCACAAUCGCCAGAUUUAAACCCAAUUAAGUAUGUAAGGGACAUAUUGUGCAGAUGCAUUUUACAACAAAAUAUUGCGUUCAAUACAAGGCAGCAAUUGUUUGAGGGCCUUUCAAUGGAGUGGAGCAGAAUACCGCAGAAAGACACUGAUUAUCUCAUCAUAAGUUAGACUAACAGAUGUAGGGCAGUAAUCAACAACCGUGGAGGUCAUACACUAUACUAACUUAACCUAAAGACUACUUUGUUGGGAAUUGAGGGGCAACAAAUUAGUUUUUUAUUUUUUUUAUGUUAGCAUUUUUUGACUUACGGAGUUCUCUCUUAUUUUUUAAGAGCUAUUGCGAUAAUUUUAAGAAAAAAAUGUUUAUUUUAUAUUCGGGACAUUUUAUAACGUCUUUUUUUUAAAUAUUUGAAAUAAAUUAUUCGAAAUCCUUCUGUAA